AAGACGGCGUCUGGAUUUGCUACCGACCUGCACUUCUGGAUCGGGCGCGAGUCGUCUCAAGACGAGCAAGGGGCGGCAGCUUUCUACGUGACUCAGCUGGACGACACGCUUGGCGGGAACCCUGUGCAGCACCGGGAGGUGCAAGGACACGAGUCGGCCGCUUUUAAAAGCUAUUUCAAGAAAGGCAUCAUCUACAAGAAGGGAGGACUCGCCUCCGGGUUCAAGCAUGUGGAAACCAACAUGUACAACAUCAGGCGCCUCCUUCACGUCAAGGGGAAGAAGCACGUGUCGGCGACAGAAGUAGAUCUUUCCUGGGACAGCUUCAAUAAAGGGGAUGUUUUCCUGAUGGACCUUGGCAAAGUGCUGAUCCAGUGGAACGGGCCUUCCUGCAACAUUGCUGAGAAAUCCAGGGGAAUGGCCUUGGCCCGGAGCAUCCGGGAUGGCGAGAGAGGUGGGCGGGCUCAGAUUGGCAUCAUCGACAACGAGAAGGACUCCCCUGACCUCAUGCAGAUCAUGAAAGCGGCGCUGGGGGAGAGGCGAGGAGAGCUCAGGGAUCCCAUGCCAGAUGAGAAAGCCGAUGAGCUUCAGAAAGCCAAUGUCCGGCUCUACCACGUUUAUGAAAAUGGCAAGGAUUUGGUGGUUCAAGAAAUUGCUACACGGCCUCUUACACAGGACCUCCUGCGCCGUGAGGAUUGUCACAUUCUUGACCAGGGGGGCUAUAAGAUUUACGUCUGGCGAGGAAAAGAGUCCAGCCCAGAGGAAAAAAAGGCGGCCUUUAGCCGAGCCGUGGGCUUCAUCCAAGCCAAAGGGUAUGCUCCAACGACAAAUGUAGAAGUUGUAAACGAUGGAGCAGAAUCGGCUAUGUUCAAACAGCUCUUCAAAAAGUGGACCGAAAAAGAGGAGACUCAAGGACUUGGCAGGACACACACUAUUGGCAAGAUCGCCAAGGUGGAUCAAGUGAAAUUUGACUUCGCUCAGUUGCACGCCAGGCCAGAGCUGGCUGCCGAGCAGCGCAUGGCGGACGAUGCCUCGGGGAACGUGGAGGUGUGGCGAAUAGAAGAUCUCGAGAUGGCCCCAGUAGAGCCCAGAACCUAUGGGCAGUUCUAUGGUGGAGACUGUUACCUUGUUUUGUAUACCUACAUGAAAUCCAACAGACCCCAUUACAUCAUCUACAUGUGGCUUGGCCGCCACGCCUCUGCGGACGAAAUCACCGCUUGCGCUUUCAACGCUGUAGAGCUGGACCGGAAAUAUGGGGACGAGCCCGUGCAGGUUCGCGUGACGAUGGGGAAGGAACCCCGCCAUUUCCUUGCCAUCUUCAAAGGAAAUCUGAUCGUUUAUGAGGGAGGCACAAGCCGGGCCCAGAAGAGCGAACCAGAGCCUGCCGUCCGUCUCUUCCAAGUCAGAGGUUCAGGGGAAUUCAACACUAAAACCAUCGAAGUCCCCGCCCGGGCCUCCUCGCUCAACUCCAAUGACGUCUUCCUUCUCAAGACCAACCAAGUCUGCUACUUGUGGUGUGGAAAGCUGAAACGAAACACCAGGUCUUUCAGUGCUGCUCUUGAAAAGGUCAAACGUUUUGUGGCACGGACCACAGCAGUUGCCCGGAGCCACGGUUUGACCGGGGAAAAGGUGUGA